UGGCUCGAGAUGUGUGCCCGAGAGCGAGGGGCUUUGCCGCGUGCCGUUCACGCGUGGCUGGCGAUCCAGAUUAUAGCUCCGCGAGCUCACAUCCUCAGAGUGUCCAGAAAUUGCGGUCCGAAUGAACCCCCCCGCCUCCUUGACAGUGUUUGCUCGCAGGCAGUCGGCAGACUCCGGUGCUGACUCCGAUGCGUACGAUGCGCCUCUUGUGGAGAAGCGCGCCGAGUCACAGUCUGGCGGGCCAUACGUGCUUGGAUGCUUGCCGUUUUUCGUGGUGGACAUCUUGAAGAUGAAGGACGCAGAGAAGAAUUGUCCGCGUUCACAUUGCAUCGGUCCCGUCAUCAAGCUAGCAAUGUGGUGCCCGCUCGUGCACUCAUUUGUGAUGUUCUGUUUCAUGGGGGUAGGUCUCCUGCACAUGUCGUGCCAGAACAAGAACGGGGGACCACUUAGCAAGCCCAAGAUUUCGUAUCCACCAUGGUGGUUCUUGCCGGCCGGGGCCAGCUGCAUCGCCCUGAUGUUGCUCGAGGUGUACAUCGCGAAGUAUUCGAGCAUCUCGUACACCGACAAAGCCAGCAAGCAGUUUGCAAAAAAACACGAGAACGAGAAGCGCCCAAUAGGGCUUAGCCACUGCCCAGAUUGCCGCAUCCAAAAGGAAUCGACGCCAGGAGGCCCGUUGUCUGAUCCCGAGGCCGAAGGUGUACUUGAGUGCCGCCACUGCGGGAAAGCGUUAAAGCAGGGCCGUCUCCCAGUAGGAUGGCCAUGCAUGCCCGUCACUGUGAUCGACGCCUUGCUGUCCCGCUGCUGCUUCUCUGGAGUCUCAAAUGAGAAACAUAUUCCCAUACUGCUGCUCGACCAGGAGAGCCAUCGUAACACCGACUGGAUUCGGCUCGAAAUUCUGGUCAGAACGCACCCUGGGGGAGGUCCGCCAAGUAGCAGUAUCGGUAUCUUCUCGUUUCUCCAGGAGUCCGCGCCAGGUGGCACGAAGAGCAGGAGAAGUUGUACUUCAACGUGUGGUUCCUCUGGCUCUUCGUACUGGGGACGAUAACCGUGUACGGGCGGCUCCAGGCGAACACCUUCCUGGGGAUGGUCCUCUACGGCUUCCUGACUGGCAACCGCGCCGAGGCCACGGACCACAUCUGGAAAGAGACGUUGAGCCAGUCGUAUUUCAUACGACACUUCCACUUCCCGCUCGAGG